AUCAUAAAAAGCAAUUCUUUUUUUAUGGCCUGGUAACGUUACUGUUAAGCCAAAUGCAAUUAAUGAUAAUUUUAUGAUACCUAUUCCCAGAUCGAAUAAAGCGCUAUUGUUAACGUUAAUUUCCUGACGAACAUGUGUUACUUCGCUUAGCAUAUCUCUCCUCAUAGAUUUUGUUCAAGAGUUUAUUAUAAAAAUGUCUGGAUAUUGUGAUUUUUCUUACCGUUGGGAGCCUUUGGCGGAAAUUAACUUUGUAAUUAAUAAUGAGGAAGAAGAUGAAGAGGGAAACUAUGUGUUUUGCUUGUGUAGCAGAGUCUUUAUUAGAGAUGGCAUGACAACAUAUUUUGUUGAUAAAGAAUAUGGCAGUGAAAGUGAUGCUGAUGUUAUCCAUGGGUCACGUUCUCAAGAGUUUGAUGAACAUUCCCAUGUCCACUUUUCGCUUGAUACGUCAUACAAGGUUAAAUGUGAGAAAGAUGAUAAUGCCAGCUGCUAUUGCAGUGCCUCUCAUACAGAUAACUAUUGCUCUACAGAUGAACAUGAUCCUACUCAAAUACAUAGUUUACCCACUACUAUACAGCCAAGCGAUAGUGGGGCAGAUCUUACAUACCAAGAUUAUCAUUCCGACUUUACCUCACAUGAAGGUAUUGUAAAAAUGGACCUACAAGACAAUUCAUCCAAGACUAAUUAUGAGGAAGAUUACAGUUCUGAAAACACUUGGGACAAAUUUUGGGCUGUAAAUGGUGAAAGAAUCAUCUGGGCAUCUUGGAUAAAUAAAUACAGUGACUAUAUAAAUCCAGCAUAUAAAAAUGAAAAUAAUGAAGUUUAUGAAGGUCAAAUUAAAAAGAAUACAGCUGAUCUAAGCAAUAACAUUGAGAAGCCAAAUGUAGUCAGAGAAAGAAAAUUUUCAUAUGAUUCCAAAGUAAAUCCUUACACACAUGGACAUAAAUGUGAUGGGUCUAGUGAGAGAAGUAGUAAACAACCAAUGGACAAGCAUGAAGAUGAUACAUGGUUGUCAGUUAACAAUAGAAGAAGGUCUUGUUCAGAACAUGAGAGAAUUGUUAGCCCCAGAACUAUUGAGGGAACUGAUUCAUUAACAAAUGUUACAAAGAUAACAGUAUCAAGCUAUGACAUGACAUCAAGUCAUGUAACAUCUGAAUCAACACCAACAGAUGAUUAUAGUGUAACAUCGUCCACAUCAGACGACCAAUUUAAUGAUCAAACUAGAAUUGUUAAUGUUGAGGAUAAUUCAGAGCAAGUCCCGGAAGAGAUGGACACUGAACAAUAUUGGCAAUUUUUGUGGAAAAAACAUUUUGGUGAAAUAUAUGCUUCACAUUAUGCUAACUAUCUUGAAUGUCAAAAUGUUCUAUGUGAAGUUGCUGUAGAUAAGAAAACAGAGGAAAUAAAAUGUUUAGAUGUUGAUUGUGAAAACAGUGAAGGAAAUUCUCAAGAAUUACCAUCAGUUAUUGAAGUUAAGACUCAGUUGGAAAACAUAAAUUUGGAAGAAAAGCCCAAUAAAAAGAAACGAAACAAGAAAUCCAAUAAAUUGCUUCACACUGUUGGUGUUUUGCUACAAAAUUUAUUACAAGAACAAAAAGACGACACUAGUGCUUCAGCUGACAGUGAAUGUUCUAAGAUUGAAGGUGUAAAAGAUAGCCAAAAUGCAAAAAUUGAAGGAAAACUGGAGAAUGCUAUGAUAAAGGAUGAGGUUCUAAAUACAGAUUCAAGACAGGUUCAUGAUAAGAUACCAAAUGUAAAAACAAAUUAUCGCCAGAUAAAUUCUAUUAGUGCACUGUUGCAAAAUUUGGUAAAGACUGAAGUUGACAACACUGAACCGGUUGAUGGUGAAUCUGGUAAAGAAAAUAAAAAUUAUGCAAAAGAAUCUAUAGAAACAGAAACAAAUGGCCAAAACAGUUCUAAUAAUAUGGAAAGUGGGUUUGGUCACUCAAGUUAUAGUUAUGAAGAUGGUGAUGAUGAACCUCCGGAAGAAAAGGCUAUAACCUUGAAGAGAAGCCAUGAAUUUGACAAAGAGGAAUCACCGGAUGUGCACAAUACACUCCAAACUAUGGGAUUCAGUUUCGAAUCAGCAAAGUUACCACGGGGUGAAGUGGUGUUCAGUCGCCGGGUACGCAAAUUGCGCCCGCCGCGAUACAAGAAGCCGAAAAAGACUUAUUUUGAUGAUGAAGGGAAUCCUUAUAGCUCCGAUCAGAAUAGAGAUAUCGAAGAAGAUAAAGACAUGCACACAGAAGACGAGGGACCUGAAAUCCAAUUAGAUUGUGAAAAAAAUAGUCAAAUAUACAAUGAGAAAAUAAAUGAAGAUAUAGUUAAUGUAAGUGAAAGUGAAAAAGUUGAAGUAACAGAAAAUGAAAUUAAUGAGAUGGAUCAAGAUUUGGAUGGGGAUAAGGAAUGCAGUGAAGAUGUCGAGUUAAACAGCCUGACAAAACGUCGCCGCCGCCAAAAGCGUCAUUCAAAAUAUGAUCUAGAGGAGUGCAACGCGCCUCACAUUCCCGAAGAGUUGCGAGGUGACCCCAAAAUGAUGAAGUAUUGGAAGAAACGGCACUCUCUCUUUCAUAGAUUCGAUGAAGGAAUAAAACUAGACCGUGAAAGCUGGUUCAGUGUGACGCCGGAGAAUGUAGCCAGUCAUAUCGCGAACAAAUAUUCGUAUGACGUGGUACUGGACGCCUUUUGUGGUGCCGGUGGGAAUACCAUACAAUUUGCACAUACAACGAAAAAGGUGAUAGCAAUAGAUAUAGACCCAAAUAAGAUUGAAAUGGCUCGUCAUAACGCAGAGGUGUAUGGAGUUAGCCACAAAAUAGAGUUCAUAGUGGGCGACUUCUUCGAAUUGGCACCGAGUCUAUCAGCUGAUAUGGUCUUUUUAAGUCCACCUUGGGGAGGACCGAAUUAUUCCGACAACUCCAAAUACGAUAUAGAAACAAUGUUAUUACCGAAACCGGCUUCAGAGUUGAUGAGAGUCGCACGCGAUAUCAGCCCCAAUGUUACUCUUUAUCUACCAAGAAACUCGAAGACCGAUCAAAUUUUGGCCAUUGCACAAGAAGCAGGCGGUUCAGUGGAAAUAGAGCAAAGUUUCCUCGACAGAAGAUUUGUAGCAAUUACUGCUUACUAUUAUUAGUAGUUUUUCUUCAAAUUUAAAUUCUACCCCAUCUUUAUAGGUGUUCACACAAAAUUAAAUUAUACGCACAUUAAUGUGUUUCCGCCUUAAAUUUCAAUACUUUGUAUAUCUGAUACAUUAUUUUAUUACUUUUACAAAUUAUAUUACAUUAAGUAAAGUUGUACUUUCAUCUUUUUUUAUUCUUGUUUUCAAGGUAAAAUCUACAAAACUUCUAUUAUUAGCUUCUUUUGAAACAAACUUGUAGGCCAAAUUUUGCUAGUAAUUUGAUGUUAUUUUUUUACACAAACAUAUUUUCUA